AUGAUCGAGUCUCGGUACGUGCGGAAACACAAAUCAGGUCAGCCCAGUGUGCCCACAAAGGACCGUCUCAAGUCCCUAGACCCUGAGUAUCCCCCGGGCUCUUUGCUUCACUCGGUCAUGUCUUCCCCCGCUCACCAGCAAUGCUGUCACCAGCUUGGGUUACCUGCCAAGCAGACUCUUUUCGCGGUUCUGACAACGGUCAGCCGGGGAGGCAAUGCCGAUAUUGUCAUGUUUCAAAGUGGCCAGAAAUAG